UCGUCCAACGGCAGCUACAAGCCCGACGUCAAGUUCGACGGCGCCAACGGCGUCGGCGCGCUGAUGAUGCGCCAGUUCGUCCGCCAUCUGGGGCCGACGCUUAACGUGGAGAUGUUCAACGAGGCGGGGCAGCUGAACCACCAGUGCGGCGCCGACUUCGUCAAGGUGCAGCAGCGGCCGGCGGAGGGCAUGGCCAUGGCCGCCGAGGCCCGCUGCGCCUCGGUGGACGGAGACGCCGACCGCGUCAUCUACUACUACGUGGACGGACAGGACGUGUUCCACAUGCUGGACGGAGACAAGAUCGCGACGCUAGUGGCCGGCUACCUGAAGGAGCUGCUGGUAUCCAGUGGUAUCCAGCUCAACCUCGGCCUGGUGCAGACUGCAUACGCCAACGGCAGCUCCACCAAGUACAUCACCCAGCAACUGAACGUGCCUGUGGCGUGCACGCCCACUGGCGUGAAGCACCUCCACCACCGGGCGCUCGACUUCGACAUCGGCGUCUACUUCGAGGCCAACGGGCACGGCACGGUGGUGUUCAGCGAGGCUGCCAUGCAGAAGAUCGAGCACGCCCGCGCCGACCCCGGAUUGAGCAGCAGACAGCGGGCGGCCGUCUGCCGGCUGCGGGACGUGGUGGACGUCAUCAACCAGACGGUGGGCGACGCCAUCUCGGACAUGCUGCUGGUGGAAACGGUGCUGCACUCUCGCGGCUGGAGCGUGGCCGACUGGAGCGCCGCCUACACCGACCUGCCCAACCGGCAGCUCAAGGUUCAGGUCAAGGACCGUACGGCCGUGACGACGGCCGACGCUGAGCGGCGCUGUGUGACGCCCGCCGGCCUGCAGCAGCAGAUCGACGGCCUGGUCAGCCAGCAGCCGCAGGGCCGCGCCUUCGUCAGGCCGUCGGGCACGGAGGACGUGGUGCGGGUGUACGCCGAGGCCGAGACGCGCGCCGCCGCCGAUCAGCUGGCGCACCAGGUGGCCGAGGCCGUGUACCGCCACGCCGGCGGGGUGGGCCCGGCCCCCAGCCCGCCCCAGUGAGCCGGCCAAUCGGGGCGAGAGUGCAAGCGCGGACGCCCGGCGCGCCGCCGACGUUGUAUCAACGGUAUUAAUCCGCUCAAAGGGCACCUACGGGACGUCGGGCGUGAAAUUGUGUUUUGUAAUCGACGAGCACGGCAAUUUUAUCGCGAUUUAGUGUCGCGACGUGUUUUUACGGCGAAUUUUAUACUUCUUUGUCGACCAUAUCAGAGUGGUGAUUGUGGAGACUUAUCUGUAAGAUAUGACUGAAACGGGACAACACCUGUUUGCGUUUAUAGUAUGCUUCAGCCAUUCCAGCCGUUUGAUUCGGCGGCACACGGACAGUGCUGGCAGUGGGCCUUGAGCCUGGUUGUGGGUUGUGAGUCGGGGGGUGCUGGGCUCAGUGGUGGGUGCUGGUGGUGGUGAAGGUACGGAACUGCGCGCUGUGCCGCGCUCAGUGAAUGUGCCCUCGGGGACGGAACUUCCUCACAAGUGUUGGUGAAACAAAGCUCGUAUUUGAAAAAGAGAAAAGUCCCAUUAUAUUUUUCCAAUGCGUUCGGCAUAGUGGUUCAGGUAGUGUGGGAACAGGCCGGCUCAAAAUUGCGGGAGGUCAGGUCCCCUUCAGGGAUACGAAGUUCCACCAAUGUGUGCCUUGUCCCGGCUCGCGCGACCUCGAAACACGCUCGUCGGACGGAUCUCGUCGAUCUCGAUUCACCGGCCCGGCCGGCUGGCCGGAGCGGUCCGGCGCGCCGACGAACGCGGGGUGCUGGGCCGCCGCCGCCACCGAGUCCCAGCGAUUCGACGCGGCGCCGUGCCGGAGCGGCCAAACGGCCCGUCGGUAGCCGCCGGGCAGCACCGCCGGAGCCGCUCCGGCCGCCGACCUCUUGACGCCAGGAGUGACCUUUGUGCGAAUACACGGCGCCGCCAGCGGAGCGGCGUCCGCUUCA